AAGAGAUGCAGAAUUACGAAGUUAUUUUACUGAAAAUAGGGUUUUCUGAAUAUAAAUAAAUACCCAAUAUAUAUGUAUAAAUAUAUACGUAUGACAUACUAAUUACAGUUGUAUUUUAAUAAUCAACAAUUAUCUUUCUUCUCAAUGACACAUUCCCAAUUCCCCUUCAUUGAAAUACUCCAUUCAAGUUUAACCUUGCUAAUGAUCCCAUGACAAGUGUGUGUAUAGGACAAGAAGAAAGAAGAUAAGAUAAAUGAAACUAAACAGUGAGAAAACAAGGAACUUCGGAGAACUUGUUUCAUAUUAUUUGGAAUUUGUAUUUUAUUCUUAUAUUCAUGAGUGUAAAUAUUCAGAGUUGACAAUUCAAUUUUGAAAAAAACAACAACAAUUGGAAUAUAAGUUCUCUGUGUUUGGAGAGAAAAAUGUGUUUAAGUGACAAAAUUACACUCAUUAUUUGGACAGAAACAUGAUAUCUUUACAUUAAAAAAAAAUACUAAUGGAUAUAUUUCAAUACGCUGGAACUGAUUAAUGUCAAAAGCGGCUAAACAACAUUGGCGUCGUCGUGGUAAUCCUUCAUUCUAUAUGAUUACUAAUGAAGAUGAUGAUAGUCAGUUGAAGUUAUCAAAAGUUGGAGAGGAUAAAACUCUUUCCCAGUCGUUCAAUAUGCUUAAUGAAGCAAGUAAAGAAGAUAAGAAAAUGAGUGUACAAAAUUCAGAAUAUGAUCUGAAAAAUACUGGAGAAUUAACCCAAUCCGAAUCGAAAACCAGUAUUGACCAAUCAAAAUCACUGAAACAAUUACAACAUUCCCAUACCACAUCGCCAAUAACCAAUCAAAUUGAAGGAUCAGAGCGUAAAAUAUCAAGCUCUAUUAAACUUUCAAAUUCAUCUGAUCAGAUAUGCAUCAGUGAUAAUAAUAAAAAUAAUAACAGUAGCUGUUUCAAUGAUUAUCCAUUAAAAAAUACUUCUUUGGAAUUACCUAUUAAUGACAAUAACAAUGAACAGUAUGAUGUAAAUAGAUCUGAUCAAGACGUUAUUACUGCUAAUAAACCAUUACAACAAUCUCAGAAAAAGUGGGAUUCUUCUCGUAAUUUCAUUUCACAUACACCCAACAGGGUACAUUUUAAUUUCUCGAAAAGUAUUGAUGUGGAUGAUGAUAAUCAUACAUUAUUACGUGGAUUAUUUAAUAGAGCAUUUCGUCCAAAUUUACGUCGAGCUGUAUCUGAAGUUAAAGAUGUCUAUAAUCCUGAGGAUACAGAAAUUUCCAUAGCCGGAAAUACACAACAACGACAUAAUCAUCAUACACAUCGUAAUCAAGCACAAAAUAAGCCUCAUCGUCAUACUCAUCAACAGAAUCCGCAUCCACGCCAACAAUUCAAAUCGCCACUACAGUCAGCCUCUCAUAGUCAUCAACAUUCUUCAACACAACUACAUGCAUAUAAUGUAGCAAAUCAGCCAUAUCAACAGCCAUAUAGAUUGAAUGAAUUUACAAAUAGGUUAGAACAAGUUUACAACAGCCCACGCCAGUUUGAUAGUAGUAUACUCGAGAUACCUGUUGAUAUUUAUGGUGAUGUUGUUGAUGAUGUAUACCCAAGAAUAAAUUGGCCUUCAUGUGACUUUACUCGAAUGGAUUCUGAACAUUCAUUACACUCGACGAGAAUACAUGAAUCACUUACAAAUGAAACAAAUAAAGAAAGAGAUUUACUUCUAGGUAGAAACGCGAUGAUGACUAAUGAGGCAAAUACAACACCUAAUUUUGCUCUUAAAAGAGCUAAUCGCUUAAAUGCCAUGAGAAGAAUGAACACAACAGCAGUAGAACAACACUAUCCAUUUGGUAAUGCUGAACGAUCUGAUACUAAAAAACAGAUAAAACAGGAAUCAAGUCAUUUGAUUUCUGAAAAUUAUCCAUAUACGAAUAACAGAUGUACACAAAAUACAUUAAAUCAAGAUAAUCUCAACACAACACUAAAUAAAGUUUCAGAUUCUUUUGAGUAUCCAUCAGACUCGGUGCAUUCACCACCAACUCAGAAAACAUCAUUAUAUCGUUCAUCUUCAAGUGGUACACGUAAUCUUGAGUGUAAAAUUGAUUUGGAUUCUGAAAGACCAUAUAGCAUUGACCGUAUUGUUUCUGACAGCAAUGGCAAUCCACCUGUAAUGUCAGCUGAUAAAUGUACGCUAACAUCUAAUGCAAAUAUUUCACAAACUGGUGUAGUGAACUGUAAUAAUAUAACUAAUGUGCAAAAUAAUUCUGCCGGCACAACAACAACAACUACUGCUAUGACUGCCAUAGCUAAUGGUAAUUUAACAGAACCAAUAAUAGAUCCUUUAAAACAAAGUACUUCAAGUUAUUUAAAAGAACAAUUUCAAGCAUUUUUUCAACCAUCUGAUAAUAAAUUAGCAAUGAAAUUAUUUGGGAGUAAAAAUGCACUGCUUAAAGAGAAACGACGUCAGGUACAACAAGGAAAAUGGGUUAUACAUCCUUGCAGCAAUUUUAGAUUUUACUGGGAUUUACUAAUGCUCAUGCUACUCAUUGCAAAUUUAAUUAUACUUCCAGUAGCCAUAUCAUUUUUCAAUGAUGAUUUAAGCAUUCAUUGGAUUAUAUUUAAUUCAAUAUCCGAUGUUGUAUUCAUUGCUGAUAUCGCUGUAAAAUUUCGAACAGGUGUUGUGACAAAUGAUUAUGCAGAUGAAAUUAUACUGAAUCCAAAAGAAAUUGCUCGUCACUAUGUAAAAUCAUGGUUUGUAUUAGAUUUUAUCAGUUCAAUUCCAAUGGAUUACAUAUAUUUAAUAUUUAAUAAAAAAGAUCACUAUAAUCAAUUUUUUAGUGCAGGGCGAACAUUAAGAAUUUUACGUUUGGCUAAAUUAUUAAGUAUGCUACGCUUGUUACGACUCACUCGUUUGGUACGAUAUGUCAGUCAAUGGGAAGAGUUUUUAAAUAUAGCUAGCAAAUUUAUGGGUAUAUUCAAUUUAGUUUUACUAAUGUUAUUACUUGGACACUGGAAUGCUUGUCUACAAUAUUUAAUCCCCAUGUUAAUGGAAUUUCCGCCAGAUUCUUGGGUGAAACGUUGUAAAUUAGAAAAUGCAGACUGGUUCCAGCAGUAUACUUGGGCAUUAUUCAAAGCCAUGUCACAUAUGCUUUCAAUUGGAUAUGGUCGCUUUCCUCCUACAAGUAUUGGUGAAGCCUGGAUCACAAUAGUCAGUAUGAUGAGUGGUGCGACAUGUUAUGCGUUGUUUGUUGGUCAUGCAGCAGCACUCAUCCAGUCAUUCGAUACAUCAAAAAGGCUUUACAGAGAAAAAUUUAAACAAGUUGAAGAAUACAUGGCUUAUCGUAAACUUCCAAGAGCACUGCGUCAAAGAAUAGCAAACUAUUAUGAACAUCGAUAUCAGGGGAAAAUGUUUGAUGAGGCACAAAUUUUAAAUGAAUUUUCUGAAUGUCUCAGAGAGCAAGUUAUCAAUUACAAUUGUCGUGCCUUAGUUGCGGCUGUUCCAUUUUUUACUUAUGCUGAUCAGGAUUUUGUUUCUGAAGUUGUAACUAAAUUAAAAUUUGAAGUAUUUCAACCGGGUGAUUUGAUUAUCAAAGAAGGAACAAUUGGUAAUAAAAUGUAUUUUAUACAAGAAGGUAUUGUUGAUAUUAUAACUAAAGAUGGUGAAGUGGCGACAAGUCUUUCAGAUGGAUCAUACUUUGGAGAAAUCACUUUACUUACAAAUGCUCGUCGUGUUGCGAGUGUUAAAGCUGUAGUCUACUCAAAUCUAUAUUCUCUGGAUCGUGAAAGUUUUUUAUCCGUCUUAGAAAACUAUCCACUUAUGCGUCGUACAAUGGAGUCUGUAGCAGCUGAAAGAUUAAAUAAAAUCGGUCAAAAUCCAGCUAUCGUUAGUAAUCGUGAAGAUUUAAAAGAGGAUUUAAGCCUAGUGAAAGAAAUAGUCAGCUCAGCUGUUACACCUGAAGACAGUUCAAGUGGACCUGAAACAGAAAAUGAAGACAAUCAGGCUCAUUUAAAUUUCAAGCAUCUGUUAAAAUUUCGUAAACGUAAACAAUCGAAUCGGCAUAAACUAUUUGACAAUUGUAUUACAAAAUUGAGUCAAGCGAAUGAAGAAGACGAAGCACUACAGACACAAGACAGCAGUGAUCUUACAUCACCAGACAAAUUAAAAUUGCCAAAAUUUAUGCGACAGAAACGUAAUUCAUCAAAUCUUUUCUUAAAUCCUGCACAAAAUUUAUUAAAUAUCACAAAACAUCAACAUGAUAAGUCAAAAACAAUACAGAACAACUCCAAUGAAGACAACAGUAAUAAUAAUGAUAAUAAAAGCCCGAAAGUAGAUUUAAUUUUACCAAGUAGUAGCAGUAGUCAGUGUUAUGAUAAUUUUAUAUCAAAUAUUUCAAACUCUCAGUCUGAUAAUCUAACCCCUACUACUGUUAACCUUGUAACUCAAAAUAUUAGCAAGGCUAAUAGUAAUAAAAAUAAAAGUGAUACAGAUAUCAGUCGAAAAUCAACGGAAUGAGAAAAAAAGAUAGAAGUAACACUCAAUCAGUUAUCUUUUAUAUUCACACAGUAAUCACAAUACUAAUGAUAACAGUACUUCAGAAAUAUUCACAUUGAGAAAAUAUAGGUUCAUCAUUCUUCAUAAAUAUAUAUACUUUCUUCUGAGAUGAUCAUUACUAAAUCAGCCAACUCAUUCCAUGAGGAGGGAGAAAAUAUUUUUCUUCCCUCCUCUUUUCUCUUGUCCUAUUUUUUAUCUAGAAUUUCUCUCCUUCUCUUCAAGAAAGACUUGUAUGGUACUUUUGUGCAUUUCGUCAAAAGGGAAAUAUAAUACAUUUUUCCUAGCAUAUACGCAUACAUAUUCUCUCGGUGUAUGCCUAACAACAUCUGGAAAGAUUCACAGGAGCUGAGAACUAUUUUUUGUUUUUCUCUAUUUUGAAAUACGUCUAUAGUUAAACAGUUGAACCAACUAACUAACUAACUGAUAAACAGUAAGUAGUAUCUCAAAAUGGAUUCAAAAAAACACGUCUUACCAAUAUUUCAUUACUAUAUUAUCAAUGUAUUCAUAAGAUACUUCAGUUUAUUGAAAAAUGAUGAAAAAUUUGGCAGUUUUUCUUUCUAGUUCACGUCUUGUAGUGAAAUGAAUUCAUUUGUAUAAUACCAGUGUUCACUUAUUUAAUAAAUAAGAUUGAAAAGAAAACCAAAACUUAUUUGUUUAUUUACUUUAUUCACUACUACCACUACUAUCACUAUUAUUGUUAGUAUUUUUGUCCUAAUUAUAUUUCCUUUUCUAACAUACAACUGUAUAAAUAAUCGUAUACAGGUCGAAACAUAUACACACGCACAUAUAAACAAAUAUUCAGUAAUAAAGGUCUGAACUUCAGUUAUAUAAAACAAGAAUUCUGAAUAAGAAUAACCAGUCACAGUCAAGGAACUUGAUAGGUGUAAUCUUUAUCAUUUUCUAUAUUUUUUUUCAUGCAGUGCAGUUUUGCUAUUCAACUGUGAUAAGUUUUCCAUCCUUUACUUCCUUAGUAUUACUUCUUACUUCAUUUUCUUCUCACAUGCGUAUAUUCACAUUUCCAUAUAAUCUUGUUUGUCUUAAGUAAUUCUGAUUGUUGUCUUUUUCGCCUUCUUCCUCUUACUUCUUUGUUCUUAUUCAAAUUCAUGUUAGAUACACUAUAUGAAGAUAAGACUUAAUAUACACACAGAGAAACAGGAAUAAAUAGUGGUGAUAUGAAAUUGUAAUCACUCUAUAAUAUUAUUCAUUGAUUAUGCUCUCAGUGGAUGCAGUUUCGUGUGACAAAAUAUGCCGGCUGAACCAACGUUAUGCAGUUAUAUAGUAGUAUUCAGUUUAACUUAAGAGUUAAAAGUUACCACAUGUCACCCAGUUGAGAAAUUCAACUCAGUUGUAGCUUGUGUAAAGAUAUAAAUGGUUACCAGUGGGGCUAUGUACAAUCUACAGAACUGAAUGGCUAUUGUGUAAUUACUGCAUGAGAUUGAUUUUUCAAGAGUAUUAACUGCUCAACAUUUCACUGUAAUCACUGUAUUGUAUUUACCAAAGUUGUAUUCAAAAUGAAUGCCUUCUUGCAUUCCUUUGAUUCAUUUGCUAAAUUCGAAAAGCCGCCACUGUUAGCGAUAAUACAAAGUCAACUUGAAAGCCGCAGUGUAUAAUCUUCAAUGAAAAUAUAGACCUCAGCUUAGGGAUCCAAGAACUCACCGUCAUUGAUUGAAACUUUUUGUAUGUACAGUUACCUGCAUUAGAGUUAAGUCUGAAGAAGAUCUGACUGAAAAUAAUAUUGUUCACUUAUGUCUUGUUCUAAUUUUAAGAAUGGGAAUAUUUCAUGAUCAGAGAGUAAAGCCAAAGGAUAGACUCAGAAGUGUGCUAAUUAUGUGUGUUGACAAUAUUCUUAAAUGUUAUGUAUAAAUAUACCAAACAGAAAUAGUCUAAUGUAGUCAUUAAUAAACAAGUUUUUUAUGAUUGGCAUCACUACCAGAGAUAGGACACACAUAAAUGCUUAAGUGAGAAAAGAAAAAGAAGCCCAUCAAAGACUUCAUCCGCAGAAGAUGCAUAAUCCUACUUUUAUACAUAAUUUAAUGUACUUACUGUUAUUACUUAAUCUAGUAUGGUAAUGAGGAGAUGUCAAAGAAGAUAAUUUUCACUGUGAUAUGAAAGCUCCAAAGUGUGCAUAAAUUACAAAGAGUUUAGAAGCAAACUUACAUAAAAUUAGAAAAUAGGUAGGUAAUAUGUAAGACAGUUUGUAAAUAGGAGUAGUAUGAAAGACAUAUGCAUAGAAACAGACUGAAAAUAUAGUUUUUAAAACUGAAAAUGCAAGACCAUGAAACGAAUGAAAAGGUAACAACAAUUAAUAGUCCAAAUGGGAUUAGAAGUAUGGUUGGUGUAGAGGUUGAACUGGUUACUUUUAAACGCAUGGCUAUACCUUCUCAACAUGCAUGGCAAGAGCUUCUGCAGUACAGAGAAGUCUUUGGCUGAUUUCCGUUCUUUUUGUAUAUAAUUUUGAAUAAUGAGUACGUCGAGAUUUCUUGACGGGUAAUGAUGAGGUGUUCCAUCACAGCUAUUCUGACUGAACCAGUUCCAAAUCUUUGAAGUCAUGCUGUGUGUUCUUCCUCAAGAUAUUCUGAAAGAACGAACGUCGAACGAGCUGUGUACCUAACUCCACCGAAGCAGGUGAACUUAUAUAAGCCUACUGGAGUGGUCAUAUGUAGGAGUUUGUCCUUCAAACGGUUAGAAAGGUGACGUUUUUUCAAGGAACUAGCUGUUAUCUUUAUUCAGACAGUGACCGCAAAGUUUUGCCUGAAGUUCAGGUUCAUGUAUAGUGUUUUCGCUGGGAUUGUAAUACAUUCUUCCCUGUUUGUUUUUGGUUUUAUUUUCUUCUCCGCAAACCAUGCAGAGUAUCCAUUGUCAGUCAAGAAUUAAUAAUAAUAAUAAUUGUAAUUAUAUGAACCUAUGUAUAAAAAUGCGACUGUGAAGCUUUUGGAGAUGAUGUUAAUCUUCUUGUUUUCUUUCUUUCUAAUAUCCUCAGAGAUAUUUUUUGCGCGAUUUAAAAAAUACUUAAGUGUC